AAUGAAGAGGCACACGUGAACAAAAUGUCAACAUUACUAAUUUAUAAAGUUUUCACUAUACUUUUUAUCGUGGUAAACAUAUAUUUAUUUUCACAUCGUUUAAAUAAAUAAUUAUAGAAAAUAAAAAUAAAAGUAAAAUUAUCAGUAAAUUCAAUGACACACAAAAUGAAAAUUAAUAUAUAUUUUGCAUUUUAAACCUAAUGCUUGCAGUUUUAAUAAAUUUUUUCUUUUUGGUAAAAAGUUUUAAAAAUAAUUUCUACUUACUAUCACUUAAAAUAAAAAAUAUUCCAGUGGAGUCAACUUCAAAAACUUCUCUGUGAUACAUUCGUGAGAUAUGUCUUCCAAACUACACUUUAUGUGAUUUGGUGGGAACGCAAUCAAAGAAAACAUCGGGAACCAUCAAAGACACCGGCACAGCUGAUCCAAAUGGUUGACAAAAAUAUACUAUGUAACAGACUAUCCUCCAUACGUGAGUAUUCAGUUUAUGCAGGAGAAUUUGCUCUAUGAUUUGCCACAAGAUAGUCGUAGAGUCAAAGAUUUAAUUAUCUGCAUUAUAAAAAACUUAUGCUCCAAGCAACACAAAGUGUAAAACGGUUUUUUUUGUUCGAAUUAAUUUAACAGUCUUUAAAAAAAAAUAGAAGAUAUUUAAAAUAGUUAUGUUUUUAUAUUUUAAAAAAACUGAGAUACACUUUUGAUAACUAAGAAAAGUAAAGAGAAAAAUAGUAAAAUUAAUGUUAUGAGUUUACACCCAUAUUGUACAUACUCAUUAUAGUUUAAGAUGUUAUAUAUUUCACAUUCGUUAAUUACCCGCCAGUAGAAUGCAAUUUAAAGUGAACUAAUCAUUUUUGAAAUAUUCAAUAAAAUUGAUAAUAUAUUAUGUAAUUAUUUCAAUUACUAACCCGCCCGUAGGGCGGGCCAAACCCUAGUGAUGAUAUAAAGGAAAAUUAGAAAUGACUCGGUGCCUACUUGGUUUCUUUUCAAAGAAUCUAUAUUAUUAGGGUUGACAUCAAUUAACACCCUAAACUACUCAAACCAACAAUUUUUCCACCUAGACUUUGGGCUUCAUCAAUCGUCCACAUACACUAAUAAUUACAUCAAUUUUCCACAAUUUAAGUUAAUUAAACUAGAUCACGUUUCGAAACAUAAAUUGCGUUAUGUUAAAACUGAUUGCCCAAUACCCAACCCUAUUAACUAAACCCGACCGUAAACCUCUAACCCGACUUUCCACUUAAAUUAAAACUGACGUGUUUUCUCUAAAGAAUUAGGGUUCUUGUGCACACAAAAAAUAAUAUUUUUUCUCUUCGACAAUAUGGAGAAAGACGACGCAAACGGAGUAAAUUGGAUCCAUGUUCCCAUAACAACGACUACUACUGGUGAAGACCAGACAACUCAAGAGUGGAGCAUUCCGGUUAUUCAUGUUAGUGAAGAAGAGUCAGAAAGAUUGGCUGCGUUUCUUGUCCAGAAAGAAAGUGAAGAGGAGGAAGAUGAAGAAGAGCUUGAGGAUAGGUACGAGCAUGAAAUCGAACAAUCAGUGGCUGAGUUUGAGGAUGAGGAGUUCAUCGGGAGGAACACUAUUCCAGAAAGCUCGGAUGAAGAUGAAGACUACUUUGAUGUUAGAGAUAGGAAACGCAAAAAAUCCGAGGAUAAACUAGAAGUGGGAACAGCUUUUUGGUCUGGGUUUGAAUUCAAAGAAGCUGUCUUAGAUUAUGCUCUUAGCAAAGGUCGAAACAUUGAACAUAGUAGGUGGGAUAAGACAAAGCUUAGCUUCAAGUGUGGGAUUAGAGGUAAAUGCAAAUGGAGGGUUUACUGUGCCUUUGAUCAGCCUACUCAGAAGUGGUUAGUGAAAACGAGACACAGAUAUCAUAGUUGUACCCCCAAUGGAAAAUGUAAACUUUUGCGAAGCCCGGUUAUAGCUAGGUUAUUUCUGGAUAAACUAAGAGAAGACAUUGGAUUAAUGCCUGAGAAGAUUCAAGAGCAGAUAAAGGUGACUUGGAAACUCAUAGCAUCACGGAAUCAAUGUCAACGAGGAAGAACAUUGGCGUUGAAAUGGCUGGAGAAAGAGUACGCAGACCAGUUUGCUCACCUACGAGGAUAUGUGAGAGAGAUUAAGAAGACCAACCCGGGUUCAAGUGUAGUACUUGAUACUAUACGUAAUGGUGCUGGAGAAGAUGUAUUUGAUCGGUUCUAUGUAUGUUUUGAGAAGCUUAGGAGCUCGUGGAGAGGUACAUGUAGGCCAAUAAUAGGUCUCGAUGGAACUUUUUUGAAAGUUGCAGUCAAAGGAAUAUUACUUACUGCUGUAGGACAUGAUGCUAACAACCAGAUAUUUCCUUUUGCUUGGGCUGUGGUACAAGCUGAGACUGCAGAUACAUGGCUUUGGUUUAUCAAGAGACUGAAGCAUGAUUUGUCUCUUGGAGAUGGCAUCAAUUAUGUCCUUAUAUCCGAUAGCUCAAAGGGACUCAAAAGCGCAAUCAAAUCAGAGUUACCAAACGCAGAGCAUAGGCGUUGUGUGAAACACAUUGUUGAAAAUCUGAAGAAAAAGCACAAGAACAAAGAGUUUCUGAAACCAAGAAUAUGGAAUCUUGCUUGGAGCUACAAUAAAACACAGUUCAAGGACGAACUUACAAAGUUACAGGAUUAUAGCAUGUCACUGUAUGAGGAUGUGAUGAAGGAAGAACCAAAAACUUGGUCAUUGGCGUACUAUAGACUUGGGAGCUGUUGUGAGGAUGUUGAUAACAAUGCAACCGAGUCUUUCAACGCCACUAUUACCGGAGCUCGAGCUAAGGCUAUUGUACCAAUGUUGGAGACAAUAAGAAGGCAAGCAAUGGUCAGAAUUGCAAAAAGAAACAAGAAAUCUGAGAGGCGGCAUGAGAAAUUUACAAAAUAUGUGGUUGAAAUCCUUAAAGCUGAGAAAGAAGAUGCUGACAAAUGCAUAACGACUCCGUGUACUCAUGGUGUGUUUGAGGUACGUCUUUCUAGUUCCGGUUACAACGUUAACACCUCUAGGAGAACUUGUACUUGUGGGAAGUGGCAGAUCACAGGAAUCCCGUGUGAGCACGCAUAUGGUGCUAUGAUAGAUGCAGGGUUAAAUGUAGAGGAUUAUAUUUCUGAGUUCUUUUCCACUACUCUAUGGCAAUUGACUUAUAGCCAGUCCAUAAACACGGUUAGAGGGCCUAGGUUUUGGAUGAAAAAGGGUAAAUAUAGAUUAGUGGUAGAACCACCAGAACCUACACUUCCUGGGAGGAAGAAAAAGAACAAGAAAAAGAAGUUUCCGAGAUUCAAAGGGAAACAUGAAUCACCAAAAAAGAAGAAGAAAAAGGUUGUUGAAACGAUUGGAAGACAAGGACGGAUCAUGCAUUGUUCCAAGUGUGGGGAAGCAGGCCACAAUGCUGCUCGAUGCAAAAUCCAUCCAAAGAAGAAGAUCAAGACUGAAGCAAAGGUAUUUGCGUCUACCUUAUUCAGUGUUUUGGUCUUUAUGUGACAUUGUUUUUGGCUUCACAGGAUGUUGGAAGCUCUGGAGCAGAAGUUAUUUCACUGACACAGCCAUCUCAAACAAGCAUUUGAGGAAGUCUUGUUUGUGUUUCACGGGUUUAAUAAGUUUUUUUUGUGCAUGGCUUUAUUU